AUGGCCGAGCCUUUCGACCCGACUAGCCAUCCACACCGCAGGGUCAACCCGCUCACCGGAGAGCAUGUCAUCGUCGCGCCCCAUCGCAGCAAGCGUCCAUGGCUAGGCCAGACAGAGCCCAUCCCGACGGCCAUGCUGCUCGAGUAUGAUCCCGCCUGCUACCUCUGUCCCGGCAACACUCGCGCCGGAGGUCUCCUCAACGACAAGUACGAGAACACCAUGGUCUUUGAGAAUGAUUUUGCUGCCGUCCUUCCGCCCCCAGGACCAACCGCCCCUCCGGCCCCUCAUCCCCUCCUCACCACCGAACCUGUCUCGGGAGGCUGCGAUGUCAUCUGUUUCCACCCCCGCCAUGACUUGACGCUCCCCAGGCUCCCGUUGCCCGAUAUUGAACGUAUCAUCGACACCUGGUGCACUGUGUACAAGAAGCGUGGCUCACAGGAAGGAAUCGAACAUGUGCAGAUUUUCGAGAACAAAGGAGCCAUGAUGGGCUGCUCCAACCCGCAUCCGCACGGCCAAGCAUGGUCCACGUCCAAGGUGCCUCACAUCCCAGCCACAGAGCUGGAAAGCCUCAGGAAAUACGCUUCCUCCACUCCCCCGUCCGAUGCGCCCCGGGGUCCCCUCGGUCGUUCUUGCCUUCUGUGCGACUACGUGCAUUUUGAGGUCACUUUGGCCGGGAAUGAAGGGCGCGUUGUUGUCCAAAACGACCACUUUGUCGCCGUUGUCCCUUGGUGGGCGAUUUGGCCGUUCGAAAUUCUUCUGUUGCCUUACAAGCGCCACAUUCCUUCAAUCUUGCACCUUACUCCGGAAGAGAAGACGUCGUUCGCGCGAAUCUUGUCGCAAGUUACCAUUCGCUAUGACAACCUCUUCUCGUGCUCUUUCGCGUACUCCAUGGGGAUUCACCAGCGUCCAAUCCCAGCGACGUCCGACACAAUCCCUGAGGACGAGGACGAGGAGAACAUAGCUCAUCUUCACCUGCAUUUCUCUCCGCCCCUCUUGCGUAGCGCGACAGUCCGCAAAUUCUUGGCCGGAUUUGAGCUCAUGUCUGAGCCUCAGCGCGAUCUCACACCCGAAGACGCUGCUCAGAGGUUGAGGAGUCUUUCCGACGUCCACUACCUUGCGCAGUGA